AAAUCACUGCCGAGGUGAUUACCCCUCUGAGGAUCGUUUAAUAGCCUUACUGGCUGUAUUUAUUACCCAGAAGGAGAAGUGAACAAGCGGUUUUCACCCUGAUACAUACAAUCAUCCAUCGGGUUGUGAUGCCUGGGGGUGCAGCUGGAAGACGUGGUGACGCGCCAAUUCAAUUGGAGGGGGGGUGAGGAUGUAUAAUAGCUGUCAAAGACACGGAUAAGAGAAAACAUGGGUCAAUGCACAAUCCAUCCUCAUUUCAGACACUUGCUCAACCCCAUCACCUCAGCCUGGACAUUAACUGAGUCCCGAGCCUCUUCUGAUUUAGACGCAUAUUAAGUGUGCGUGUUGUCACAUAUGCUACAAGGAGAAGGAGAGAGAGAGAGAGAGAGAGAGAGAGAAAGAGAGAGAGAGAGGGGUGGUGGAUGCAGAGAGAGAUAGCAUGAACACUAAACACAUGCUUUAUUUUUCUCCCCCCAAGCCUCCUGCUAUCUCUGCAGACAUUCUCUACCGCCGUUAAUUGAGACGAAUGUGCGCCGCGGCUCCGCAGGUAAUGACCGGAGCGCAUGGAUUUCUGCACACGAGGAGAAAACUGCGGGCCAUGGCACUGACUGUACCCGCAUUGCAUCACGGAAACGACACCCGGUACCCCGUUGUCUCCCUCCCACUUCAACUGGAGCCGAUGAGGAGACUGUAGCACCCUAUCAUAUGCUUUUUUUUGCCUCACAAUCCCAUGCAGCCGCGCUCUCAGACGGCUGGCUGUUGUCGUUCCCGGUCUCCAAAGCCAGCAGCAGCUGCCUGCUCAGCUGUGCGCUGCUCUGGAGGCGCAAAACCGGUAAUUACGCGCCGUGUUGACGACCUGUGGCGCGCUGCUGUAUGGAUUGCGCAUCAGGAACGGGCCAGUUUCUGGGAUCUACUGAGAUUUCAGACGGGAGUCAUCAGCUGCCCGAUCACAUCAUCGAUUAAGUGUGUGCGCUGCAACCUGUAGCUGCGUGCCCCUUCAUUUCAGUCAUUGUUCCGCCGAGGCACAAUGGAAGGACACAGCUGACGGUUUUGAAUCUGUAGCCCGAGGAGGAGAGAAGAAAAAGAGGAGGAAAGCAGACUCAGGGGAAACCAUGUAUGGGCGGUACACUCAGGAGCUGGGUGUGUAUGCCAAGGAGGAAGCAGCCCGCCUACGGGAUGGAGGAGUGCGGGAUGGUGGAGGACUGCGGAGGAACACCAGUGUUCGCAGUCGUGCUGCAGAUCUGCUGGAUUAUGAGAAAGAGCCAUGUGCAAAGUGCCAUUUGUGUGCGUCCCGCUGCCAGAAGUUCCUGAUUUCGCGGGUGGGGGAGGACUGGAUCUUCCUCAUUCUGCUGGGGCUGCUUAUGGCUCUUGUCAGCUGGGUCAUGGACUACGCCAUCGCCUUCUGCCAAGAAGCACAGAAGUGGAUGUAUGGUGGACUGGACAGCAACAUGCUUCUGCAGUACAUCGCCUGGGUCACCUACCCUGUAGUGCUCAUCACUUUCUCAGCAGGAUUCACACAGAUUCUGGCCCCUCAGGCUGUGGGUUCAGGUAUUCCUGAGAUGAAGACGAUACUGAGGGGGGUUGUCCUGAAGGAGUACCUGACGUUUAAGACGUUUGUGGCCAAAGUCAUCGGUCUGACCUGUGCUCUGGGCAGUGGGAUGCCUCUGGGGAAGGAGGGACCCUUCGUUCAUGUUGCCAGUCUGUGCGCCGCUCUCCUGAGCAAAUUCAUGGCUCCUCUUUUCGGUGGGAUUUACAUGGAAGAGCCCUUUGAGGGAAGCAAGAACGAGCUGAGGAACACAGAGAUGCUGUCAGCUGCCUGUGCAGUGGGUGUGGGCUGCUGCUUCGCUGCCCCCAUCGGAGGGGUGCUGUUCAGUAUUGAGGUCACUUCCACGUUUUUUGCGGUGAGGAACUACUGGAGGGGCUUCUUUGCAGCCACCUUCAGUGCCUUCAUAUUCAGAGUGCUGGCGGUGUGGAACCAGGAGGAAGAGACCAUCACUGCUCUUUUUAAGACCCGUUUCCGUCUUGACUUUCCGUUUGAUCUUCAGGAGCUGCCAGCGUUCGCCAUCCUCGGGAUUGCCUGUGGUUUUGGUGGUGCUCUGUUUGUCUACCUGAACCGGCUGAUCGUAGAGUGCAUGAGGAAGCAGAAGACUAUUAACAAGUUCUUGCUGAGGAAUCCAUCUCUUCCUGUCAGGCGUCUGGUGUAUCCUGCUCUCGUCACCCUGCUGAUCUCCACUCUCACGUUCCCUCCGGGCUUCGGGCAGUUCAUGGCGGGACAGCUGACGCAGCACGAGUCUCUGGUCGCACUGUUCGACAACCGCACGUGGUGUCGCCACGGUGUGGCGGAGGAGUUUGACUACACCAGCCACCACCACGCCUGGAAACACCCACAGGUCAACGUCUUCAUCACACUCAUCCUCUUCAUCAUCAUGAAGUUCUGGAUGUCCGCUGUGGCCACCACCAUGCCGGUUCCAUGCGGGGCCUUCAUGCCAGUUUUUCUUAUCGGUGCAGGAUUUGGCAGACUUGUUGGAGAGGUCAUGGCAACCAUGUUUCCUGAUGGCAUACAUGCUGACGGCAGCGUGUAUCCCAUAGUUCCCGGCGGUUAUGCUGUAGUUGGUGCUGCAGCAUUGUCUGGAGCAGUCACCCACACUGUAUCCACAGCAGUCAUAGUGUUUGAGCUGACUGGUCAGAUCUCCCACAUCCUGCCUGUGAUGAUCGCUGUGAUCCUGGCCAACGCCGUGGCCCAGUCGCUCCAACCAUCACUGUACGACUCCAUCAUCCGCAUCAAGAAACUCCCUUAUCUACCUGAGCUGGGCAUGGGACAUCACGAGAAGUACAAUAUCCGAGUGGAGGACAUCAUGGUCAGGGAUGUGCGCUACAUCACUCUUAUCUCGUGCUAUCGAGACCUGCAGGAGAUGCUGCUGACUGGUCAGCUCAAAACACUGGCCCUGGUUGAGUCCAGUGACUCGAUGAUCCUGCUGGGCUCCAUAGAGCGACUGCAACUCCAGUCGCUGCUCUCUUUCCAGCUGGGCCGCCAGCGGAGGCUGGAGUACCUCCGCCGGCUGGCCCAGGACAACGGCAACCACGAUCCCCUGCCCAGCCUGAACACCGACAGCACGCCCAGCUCCCCCUGCUCCCACACCCACAUCAACGCCUCGACCAACACCAACGCUCGCCAAGCGGUGCGCUUCCUGGUGAGCACCCAACAGAUAUCCACAGAGGAGUCUUCCUCCUUCAGCCCAGGGGUUUCCAACGUUCAACUCCCUCUAAAAUCUGCCUUGAAAACUGUGUCAGCCAUCAGCGACCCAGAGACAGCAAAUAGUUCUCAGACCCUCUCCUGUGCUGACCAAGACAAGGACUUGCUGGAGAGCCCGGCUGGGCCGGCUCCUCCUGAAAAAAGAAAGCCCAAGUCCAAACGAGUGAGGAUCUCCAUGGCGGAAUCUACUGAAGUGGAAGAUGGCAUGUCCCCAUCAGACAUAGCAGAGUGGGAGGAGCAGCAGCUCGAUGAGCCGGUGGAUUUCAAGAACUGCAAGAUUGAUCCCGCUCCCUUCCAGCUGGUGGAGCAAACAUCUCUGCAUAAGACCCACACUAUCUUCUCACUGCUGGGUCUGGAUCACGCCUAUGUUACCAGCAUGGGGCGUCUGGUUGGAGUGGUCUCUCUCAAAGAGCUGCGUAAAGCCAUAGAGGGCUCAGUGACAGUGACUGGAGUAAAAGUGCGCCCUCCGUUGGCCAGUUUCCGUGACAGUGGGAACAGCACAAGUGUAUCAGAGGUAACGGAACUACACAAGCUUUGCAUCCGCCACAGGGGGCUCUCAUUGCCACGCGAACCCAAGCGUCCUGACGUGGUGGACAAGCCCGAUCUCGCCUACAAAGAGAUCCCCGUCAACUUCUCGGACCAAUCGAAUUUGCAGUUUGAAACCAGCCCCGGUGACGUCUCAAGUCAGUCGUCGGAGUUGGUGCUCCAGGAGAGCCCCUCGCUCACCGAGGAGCAAUCAGAGUUUACUUUUGACUGCAGCCCCUCCCACACUGAGGAAUCGGAGCUGGCCUGUGACUAUGACCCCCCCACCCACACUCCUGAGCCAGGCGACAUGGAGCAAGAACAGCGGAGUCCAUCUAUGAGCAGGGACCAAUCAGAACCUGAGGGAGAGGGUAUCCCCGUCCACACUAAGCAUCAAUCAGAAUGAUCGGAGGGGAUCCAUACUGUCGCCUCAUGAAUGUUGACAUGUCUUACAUGUGUAGAGGUCACUCGCCCCUCAAAAGUCCAGCCUAGAUACCUGUGUUUCUAACAUUGUGUGGCGUGAGUGAGCGAAUGAGCGUGGGGAUGAGUAGAUGUGACAUUCAUUAUUGUGCUUCAAAUGCUUGUUUUACAGGAUAAAGCUGUUUUAUUCUAUAUUUUUAUUACUGCCAACAAAAUCCCAUGAAAAGACCAAAUCAAAAACAGGUUUGUCUGUCUCUUUCUGACUUCCCUGUCCUGUCCGUGGCUCUUUGAUUCCUAUUAAAGACGCAUAUCAUUAAAGAGGAACACCACAGAUUUAACACAUCAAAGUCUGUUUACAGUUGUUGGGGAGUUUUUCUGCAUAUGUGGAAAAAAAGUUGUUUGUGGCUGCAGAGGGAGCGGUGUGAGGGCUAAUAGUCAACCUGGUUAGAUCUAAAGAAUACAACUUUGGAAAUUAAGACAACAAAGCGUGGUGUUAGAAAGAAGUGAGCUUCCCAAAACCUCUGCAGCUCCUCAUCUCUGCCUCUAGGCUCGAGGCAACAUUAGCUGCUGCUCGAAUAACACGCCUGAAUCUCUGACCGAACUGUCGGCGGUCAAAACCUUGAGUCUACAUUAUCCACUAAUAUAGGCCCACAGUUUUGACGACGAUAUGUGUGGAAUAUAAAAGACGAUAUCUCUGGUUCUGCCGCAUCAAUUUUUUACCAUUUUUGUAUCUAUCCAUUGUGAGACUGUGCUAAAUCAGUGGGGUAACAAAUGUUUAGCGUAUCUGAGUUUGAACUGCUGUUUUGGAGCUUUCGAUUAUAUCAGCAGAUGGAGUUUGCCCACCUGUCAUGGUAUUGUAGAUGUUAAAAUCUCUGUUUUUACUAAACACUUUAAGGACUUCUGUUAGCUUAAAAGUUGAGUUGAGACUACAGUUUCCACGGUCAAGAAUGAGCUUGAAAACUACAGUUUCAUGACAACUUAGCAAGGUCUGAUUAAUUAAUUAAAUUAUCGAAAGCUUGAGCACAUCUAAUAAUGGACCUUUAGGUGAGAUUAUUUAAGUCAUUUCCUGAAACGGCUGGGCACUAGAGGUUAAAUUACUCAAGUAAAUAGUGCAUUUUUUUCAGCCAUGGAUUUUAGUCUAGUGAGCAGAAGGAUGGUGUGUAUAUAGACUCUUUUUAAUAGUUUUUGUGGAGCUCCGUGAAGAAGGCAAUGACAACACUAGUUUGGUCUUUUCAUGGAUUUUGUUCAAAAUAAGAAAAGUAUAGUGUGUGUGUGUGUGUGUGUGUGUGUGUGUGUGUGUGUGAGAGAGAGUGUGAGAGAGAAAGAAAGAUCUGGACUCUUACACAUAAUUUGAGUCUUCAUGCCAAAAACCAUCCUGUUACAUGACUUCAAUUACACUGCAAGCAGAGAGAGCGAAAAAAAGAGUGAAAAUAAAAGGAGCAAAUAAUAGACAAGAGAGCACAGAAGAACAAAGACAAAACAUUCUAAUGAGCACAUGAUGUUAUCAAUUCAAACUACUACCUAUUCACUAGCACUGGACUAAUACAUCAGAGGGCCAUAAUUAAUGGCUAAUAAUAAUAAAAUAUAGUGGCGUUGGUUAUAUGUUGGCUGAUAUGCAAUAACUACAGUAAUAAUGCAGUAAAAGGUGGUUUAAUAGCUACAGUGUCAUCAGUUUGUCAAGACUCCAUUGUUUACAACACAUAUAAUAAUCAGUAUUUUCUUUCAUUUUACUAGCCCCCGAAAUCAACUGGGAUCUGCUGUUCAAAGGCAGCUUCCAAAGGCCUUUCAAGCAUAUUACAGGGCUCCAAAUAAUUGUGAAGCACAUUGUAAUUACCAUGAGUAUCAUUUUUCUGCACACAUAGCCUUGUUUGGCUUUAUAGGGGCUGAUUCAAUAAGGGCAACGUAGACUGUCAGUCUUGUCACUUGAACUGCCUCUGCAUUUUCUCCUAUGUGAAUUUAAUUGUGUGUUUAACGUUUCUAGCAUGAUAAAGUGAACAACACUUGAGCUCAGAGGGAAAGGAAAAUACUGGCUGUUGUACAGAGCACACAAACAAAC